UAGAUAGGUAUAAAAAAGUUGUGUACCCUAUUGAAUUUCGUCUAGGUUUUCGAUGGUCUCAAGGAUAAAUUAGCUUAGUUAAGCAUAAACAUGAAGUACGACAAUUAUAUUCUCUAGGACAGAGAAUAUGCUGGUAAUAAAAUUUGAUUAUAUAUGAACAAGUUUUAACUCAUCCUCUUCUCCAACAUUGAGGGUUGAGUCAAGAAGCUGUUGAAUUGGAUCAGAUCAAAUCAAAGAUGAAGUACGGAAAAUGGCUUCGUGAUGAGAUUGAGAGAACCUUUCCUGAAUGGAAAGGUCAGUUCAUCUCUUACAAAAAGCUGAAGAAGCAACUGAAGUUGAUCAACAGUAGAUGGCCGAGAUUUGCCACCACAAGAUUUUUGGAAGUUAAUAAUAUGAGACUCAGCAUUGGAUUUACCAGAUUACUAAAUAAUGAGCUGAAUAAGAUUAAUAUGUUUUAUUUUGAUAAAGAGGAAGAUUAUAUUAUUAGAUUAAAGGAGCUGCAAGAUAGAGCUGAAGAGUUGGCUAGUGAUGAAGAGAAGCUACAAGUGCAGAAGGAUAUCUUAAAAUUUCAUGGAGAGAUGGUUCUGCUGCUCAAUUACAGUGUUCUUAACUUCACAGGACUGAUCAAGAUUGUUAAGAAGCACAACAAGAGGACAGGGACAACCUUUCAGUUUUCCUCCAUGCCAAGGGUUAUGCAGCAACCAUUCUUCUCCACUGAUCUGCUUUACAAGCUUAUGAGAGAAUGUGAAGAAAUGCUCGGUCGUCUCUUUCAUCCACAAGACCCUUAAGGCCAUGCCCAUGUACUUGGGGGCAUUAGAGCCAUUCACUUCUCAUAUUUUUCUCUUCUAUGGCUGUAUUUACACAUCAGCACAAUAUCCUCUAAUAAAAAGGCUGUGGAUAACAAAGAUCAAUAAUAUAUAUAUAUUUAUAUAGUUAAGCUUAGAAAUUUAUACGCCAUAUGUUGCCAUUUGUCAUGGCUAAUAUUUUGAUAAAUGUGUAUUUUAUUGCUUCGUUUGUUAUAUUAGUUUGUCAAUUUUUUUUUAUACAAAGGAGGUUAAUCUAAUAAAAAAUAAAAGACUAUUCAAAAUUAAGUUUAAUAACACCUUCUGGUGGAGGGGAUCAAGACUCAGCCGGAUUAUGAUCCACUUGAUCUAAAAUAGCUGCCUUAUAAUCUUCCAGAUGAUUUAGAGCAAUCGCAAUAGAGUCAUAAGCAUCAAUGCUUAUUUUCUCAAAAACAUAGGCAUCCUACGUUUCCAAAUUUGCCAUAUAAGGAAGCUAGCCAUUUGGAUAGCCUCAGAGUCGUCACUUCUAGUCUUCAAAGGAGAUGUUAAAACCUCCCAGCAAACUUUAAUGUCAUUGCCCAUAAUGAGAGAAGAUUUUAGACGAAGGGGCGAGUUGUACCAUAUAGCAACAGCAUGAGGACAUGAAAAGAAAAGAUGGCAUGUAGAUUCAAUUUCCUUACAGAAAGCACAUUUUUCAUCCAAUGCUGGAAUGCGAUCAUGGAUGUUUUUAUUUGUUGGAAGCUUAUCACUUAAGCAUGACCAGAGGAACAUUUUAAGCUUGGGGGGAAGGGAUAAUUUCCAAAUCUCUUUCCAGAAGGAUUCCAUCUGAGAGGAGGAACUAGGGCCCGGAAUGGAAGGAGAGGCCAAAGCAUUAUGAAUCUCCUUAGCUAUGUGAUACUCAGAUUUAACGGAAUAGUGCCCAUGGAUAGAGAAAUGCCAAAUAAUCUUAUCCUCACAUUGGAAAUGACUCACAGACAAAGCAAGAACAUUUUCAAUUUCCUCUUCUUCAAAAUUAGCUCGAAGGAUUUCUAUGUUCCAAGAGUGGGAGGUAUUAUCAAUCAGAUGAUUAACUCGUUGGAUGCUUGGAUUAUGAUAUCUUCUAACCCUUGGGUAGAAAGGAAAGCUUUUGGUAAUCUAUCUGUCCUUUUUGCAAAGAAUGGUCUCUCCACUACCAGGUUGCCACCGAAUACCUUGUAAGGUAAUAUCUCUUCCUCACAAAAUACUUUGCCAGCGCAAGAAGGCAUAUUUUCUUUUUU